AUGGGGGUCUCUACUGACCAGUUCAGUCUCCAGCGGUUUCCCAAAACCCAGUUGAACCUCAGUGCGUGGGGUGCUCAGCGGCACAGCUGCGAGGAGGUGAGGCACGCCUGGAGCAGGUGUGGGGCGUCCUCCGUGAUUGGGGGAGUCUCGGUCUCACAGCUGGGUGUGGAGAAGACCCCAGCAGGUGUUGUGUACUCGCCGUGUGCGCAGCUGGCACGGGCCAACUCACAGCUGGAGGCCAGAAGAGGACUAGAGAGUCCCAACUCUUCCCCGAGAGCCCCUCCCUCCCUGGAUUCGGCUCCCUGGGAAGGGCAACUGCCAAGAACACCUUCCGGGUCAGCCGGAAGUGACCCUACGGAGCGGUUACUAUGGUAUCGGUCGGGCGCGCAGCGGGGCCGAGGGAAGAUGGCGGUGAAGGGCUGGUUGGAGAGUCUGCGGGCUGCCGAGAAGACGGCGUUGCUGCAGGACGGGAGAAGGAAGGUGCACUACUUGUUCCCAGAUGGGAAGGAAAUGGCUGAAGAAUAUGAUGAAAAGACCAGUGAACUACUGGUGAGAAAGUGGCGUGUGAAAAGUGCCCUGGGAGUCAUGGGCCAGUGGCAGAUUGAGGUUGGUGAUCCAACAACCCCAGGAGCAGGGAUCUUGGGGCCAGAGCUCAUUAAGGAAAGCAGUGCCAAUCCCAUCUUCAUGCGCAAGGACACCAAGAUGAGUUUCCAGUGGCGGAUUCGGAACCUCCCCUAUCCUAAGGAUGUCUAUAGUGUCUGUGUGGACCAGAAGGAGCACUGCCUUGUUGUCAGAACAACCAACAAAAAGUACUACAAGAAGUUCUCCAUUCCUGACCUAGAGAGAUACCAGCUACCACUGGAUGAUUCUUCCUUAAGCUUUGCUCAUGCCAACUGCACUCUGCUCAUCUCUUACCAGAAGCCAAAGGAGAUCCUGGCAGCGGAGUCAGAGCUACAGAAGGAGCUGAAGAAGGUAAAGACGGCCCACAACAGUGAUGGGGACUGCAAGACUCAGUAA